GCACGCUCUAGACUCAGUGACAGGACUGUUAGGGUGUCCAUUGUCGUGGCAUCCGCAGGUCGUGCCCCUGUCUGGCUUCUCGCUGGAGCGGAGUUCGCCGCCUCGCCGCCGGCGAGAAAAAAAACGUGCGCGUCGCCCCCCGCGCCCCUCCAGGGGGGCGGCGCGCGUCCCCGAGAGGUCCUGCAGCACGUGCUCCGUGGCGGGCGCUUGCUGGCCGCGCCGCUCGGGGAGCGACGUCCGAGGCGAGGGCCGCCAGACGCCCGUGGGCAUCAACACGACGUGCGCCCGAGGCAGCGAGUGGAUCAACAAGCUCGAGGAGGCCAGCCGACAGCGACUUGGCGACGGUCCAGGCCAAGGGCCGAGGCCAGGGCCAAGCACGCGUCCAGGACCUGCAGGUCUCCUCCGCGGGGAAGGAGCUCCGCCUCGUGGUCGAAGGCGCGUUGGUGAGGCUGAGGGCGCCCUCCGCGGCCGAGGCGAGCGCCUGGCUGGACGCCCUCGAGGCGGCCGCCCGCAGCCGCGGCCUGGCCGCCCGCGAGGCGGAGGGCCUGGACGAGCAGCAGGCGGAGGCGCCCUCGCCGCGGACGGCGAAGGCCCCGAGCCCAGCGCUGGCGGCGACGCCGGGCGACCAGGACGAGCCCGAGGCGGAGGCACGCCUCGCGGGCUCCCCCGCCGGCGGCGAGCUCCAGUGCGCGCCCCUGUGCAGCGAGCGGUCCCCGGCCGCCGGCGCGUCGAGGAGCGGCCCCGGGCGGGGCCGCCCCGCGCCGGCGCGGCGGCAGCCCGCA